AUGGACGACUGCUCAGCUCGAGAAAGUAGUAACGAGGAUACCUUUGAAAAUGAAAAAAAAAAAAAAAAAAAAAAAAAAAAAAAACACACAUAUUCCGUAAUAAGGGAAGUGAACUACUCACAGAAUGCGGACGACAUAUCGGAAGAAAAACCCAGUAAAAAAAAAAAAGCAACUAACAAAAAAAAAGUACACAUAGAGGAUGUCCAAAGGGUAAGCGAGUUUAAAGGGGGUUCUUCAAGUGACGAGUGGAGGAGGAACAAUAGAACACAAGAUGGACAGGACCCCGAACUAAGCGGAUGCAUGAUCUCCCACAAAAGUGACAUUGAUCGUUUGUUAAGGAUAAGGAGGGAGAAAAGGAAAAAGCGCAUCAACCACAGCAGCAACCGUGGUAGCCAUGACGACAACAGUGAAAGUAGUAGUAGCGAGGAGGAAAUGAUUGUACUUCAACGGCAGAGAAGCAGCGGGGAGCUAGACGCCACGACGGCUCCAUCUCUUCACCCCAAUUCAAAGCAGACACCCCGCAGGAGUACAAGAAAAGACGCACCAUUCAACGUGGACCAUACUCCCCACACGUCAAACUCACCACGGAAUGGACACAAUGAGGAGGAGUGGCCUCAGGAACACCUUCACAGUAGUCAUGGGCGUGGUGGAACAAGUGUUAAUAUUGUGCUCCCUGUAGUGGACCACAUUUAUGAUGUAAGGAGUGGUGAUGAUAUGCACAAUGUGAGCAGUGGGGACCCCCCAGCAAUGAGUAGCGCAGACUCGCAAGAUAUAAGCAGCGCCAACAGCAGUGAAGCGAAUAUUUUUUCCAAGAUGCUCUACAAAAUAAAAAAAGCUUUUGUGGACAGGAGGGGGAACCCCAUAACGAAUGAUAAUGUAGUAGACAACGACAUUUGUGAACUGACCAUUGUGGGUAGCAAUGGAAUGGACCCGAGUCAUCCUAACAACAUAGUGCACCUUGUGGAGGAUGAGGAUGCAUUUAUAAUGCAGGGGAACAGCACUAGUCAGAUAGCAGGGGGAGAAGAAAGAGGAGGUUCUUACCCACAUCGAAGCAACCGGACCAACGAGAUGAUUUGCCUGAACGAACUAAACCCGAAUGAUCUGUUAAACAGCUCUGUUAUGCUAAACUCCAAUCGCUCACAAAUAAAUGAAAUUUUUAGUAACGUUGAAAAUGGGAUCAUUAUAAUGGAAAGGCCAGAUUCAGGUACAAAUGGUACUACAUCUAAUCAAGAUGCGGCAGAGAAUGGUAGAAGUAGCCAAUAUGCUGCUACAACCCACCGCGUCAGCUACAGUAAUAUUUCCAACAAAAUAGCUACCUACGUUAAGGAAAAUAUAUCUUACGUAAAGGAAAGAAUAAAAAACUAUUGGCUAGAACGAGUACGUGAAGCAAACACCCAAUUGACCACACCACAUCACAAUACAACCCAACGUCAGGAAACAAACGAAGAAACAAUUUACACCGAAGACGAAAACGAUGACCCUAGCUGUCUUCAAGUACUUUUCUUCCUAGGGUUGGUUUGUAAAUUUCCUAUCCUUUGGAUAAUCGGCUCCAUAUUAUUUUGCAUCACCCCAAGGGAACACAAAAGGACCAAAAUGUGGAGUCUAGUAAACAGCAUGUUUGCCCUCAUUAGUAUAGUUUAUUUUAUAAGCACCUCAAAAUUUCAAAUGCGCAAGCCAGUUUUUGCCGUCCUCAUGGAACCAUAUGCAGAAGAAAAAAAUAAUAUUCUUCCAAGAGGUGUUUUAAAAAGUAGAGACCAUGUUGUUCAUAAUUGUGUAGUCCUGGAUGGAUCUUCUACGUCUCACUGGAUGGGGCAAAACUCCCAGGCAAUUUUUUCAGCGGAGGGAACAUCCUUUUUAAAUUGGAAUUUCGUGUCGACGCAGAAGCCGGACACGCACAUUUUACUAAGCAGUGACGUGUACAAGCUGCUAAACCGCGUCCAAGUGACGUUCCUGUUUGGAAGGGGAAACAGCUACCCCCCUGCGCAGGUCGAAAAGAUGAAGCCUUUUUUUCAAGACCUAAAAGAUGGCCUCAGACCUGUCCCGGUGGAGAGACUCACAAUGACGGACCAGGACGUCCCCGAGGACUUCUUCGCAGGAGGACUCAGGUGCGAACGGACAGAAAAAUACGCGCCCCAUAAGGCCAACGAAGCCGAAAAGGUAAAGCAAAAGGAAAAGCAAAAGGACAAGGAAAAGGCCAAGUGGUAUUUAUUCUGGAAGGAACACGACAACUCAAAGGAUAAUAAGACAACCGGAUCUGAAUCAGACAUGUCCAUUCCCGUUGGAGAAAUCUUCUUUUUUAAAAGCGAGUACACCUGCAGAGUGGCUUUCCUCUACCCAAAAAAAACGAACCACAAUGAAAAGGACAUGCCACAAAAUUUUAUACAAAUAAAUAAAAUUAUAAUAAAGCCCAUUUGA